AUGGUUGCAACUGAUUUGGAUUCUGGCGAAAAUGGCAGAAUAACUUACACUAUAAAAUAUUCAACUGCACCGGGUCUUUUUAGCAUUGAUUCCAGUGGUCAGGUGACGUUGCAAGGCCCACUUGAUUUCGAGACUGAAACGUCUUACACACUUACGAUACUUGCUGAGGAUAAUGGCGUUCCUAAAUUGAACGCAACUGCUGGGCUUACUAUCUCUGUGAACGAUAUCAACGAACAACCGAGCAUAAGUUGUGUUGGAAAUUGCAUUUAUACCGUCUCUGAAGAUGUUCCAAAAGGUACAUCAUUUGGCCGACUCUUAUCAACAGAUCCAGACAGGGCAGCCAAUUGUCUGCUGCAGUACGUUAUUCAGCCCGAAUAUGCAGCAAAGAAAUUCGCAGUAACCAGCAGUGGAAACAUCACCACAAUUGACAGCCUUGACCGCGAGGACCGUGCACAGUACGUCUUCUAUGUAACUGUUAGAGAUUGUGGGCAACCUCCGCUGACCGAUAGUGUUCGCGUUACUGUAACAGUUGGGGAUGUAAACGACAAUAUUCCCCAGUUUCCUGGUCCUUAUAACGUGGAUAUAUCUGAAGAUGAAUCAUCUGGAAGUACUAUCGUGCAAGUUAAAGCCACUGAUAGCGACGAGGGAGCUAACGGUGAGAUCGUGUAUGAAAUUGUUGGAACUGAUGCAACAGACUUUGAAAUCGACGCAAACGAUGGAACUAUAAGAAAUAAAGUGAAACUUGAUUAUGAGAAAAAGACGAAUUACACAUUUACCGUGAUUGCGCGAGACCAAGGACCAGGCAAUAAUUCUGGCAGGACAAAAGUAACAGUGAAUGUUAUUGAUGAGAACGAUAAUGAUCCAGUAUUUCAAGGAACACCAUACAUUACUAAUGUCAAGGAAAGUGCUGUUAUAGGGACACCCGUCAUUGACGUGAAUGCUACAGAUAUUGAUUCAGGAGCUGGAGGUCAAUUGAAAUAUUUUAUCAUCUCUGGUAAUAUCGGACAAGGCUUCACGAUUCAUGAAGGAACUGGUGUGAUAACUGUCAACUCUCCUCUAAAUAGAGAAACAACGUCGUCAUACGCGUUGAUUGUGCGAGCAAGAGAUAGUGGUUCUCCCUCACAUCAAACUGAGACCACAGUCACGAUAAGAGUUGGUGAUACAAACGACAACUAUCCCGUAUUUCAAGGUCAACCCUACAUUGCAUUUGUUCCUGAAGACCAUGAUACCACGCAGCCAGUAAUAAAGGUUUCUGCCACGGAUGAAGAUGAUGGAGCUUUUGGUGAAAUUACUUACAGAAUUGAUUCCUUUGCAAAUGAGACAUUCAGUAUUGAUAACAAUGGGAACAUUCGUGCGAAGAUAUCGUUGGACUUCGAAACGAAGACAUUUUAUAUUUUCACAGUCAUAGCUACCGACGGGGGUGGUCUGACACAACCUGCAAUUGUCACUAUCCAUGUGACCGACGUGAACGACCACGAGCCUCGUUUUGAUAAGAAUCCUUAUAUAGAAAGUAUGGAUGAAAACUUGGAUGCUGGUCACGUGGUUGGUAAGGUUAACGCAACCGAUGAAGAUUCUGGUCAGCGCGGUUCUGUGACUUAUUUAAUCAUUGAUGGAAAUCACGGAAACGCUUUUUCAAUCAAUGCCGACGGUGAAGUUACUUCUCUGGUCCGUCUCGAUCGGGAAACUCAAGCAAUGUACAACCUGACUAUCGAAGCUAAAGACGGCGGUUCACCGGCAAAGAGAUCAACAACACAAAUGAUAAUCAUUGUAGUGGACAAAAACGAUAACACUCCAACUUUUGACGAAUCAUCCUACUCCUUUUCCAUUGCGGAGAAUAACAAAGCAAAUGACGAAGUUGGACAAUUCGGUCCGGCGACAGACCGUGAUAAUGGCACGAACGGUGAAAUUGUGUAUACGAUAAUAAGCGGUGAUCCUAACGGAAAUUUCGAGUACAACAAUGGGAAACUGCUUGCUAAGAAGGCUCUUAAUCGUGAAGAAACGGCGAUGUACGAUCUUUCUGUUGAAGCUAAAGACAAGGGUAUUCCGUCUCUUUACUCGGCUGUCUCGGUAAAAGUUAUUGUAUUGGACGAGAAUGACAAUUCUCCUGUGUUUUCGAACGACCCAUAUAACUGUGAUAUCCAUGAAAAUUCUGCCAAAAAUUCACGAGUUUGUUCUGUUGUUGCCACUGACCAAGAUGCUGAAGAUAAUGGCGAUGUUAUUUAUGAACUGCUUAAACCAAGUAACGAAUUCCGUGUCGAUCAGAACAACGGUGAGAUCAGGACGUUGGUGCUACUGGACAGAGAACAAACAUCCUCCUACACUUUUGAUAUCACAGCCAAAGACAAAGGUUCGCCAAGUAGAAAUGCUACUGUGACAGUGAACGUGGACGUUCUUGAUAAGAAUGACAAUGAACCGAAAUUCAACCAAUCAUCGUACAGUUUUGAUGUCAGUGAAGAUGCUCAGGCAAACACGAAGGUCGGUCAAGUGUUUGCGGAGGACGAUGACGCAGGAAUAAAUGGCGAGGUUGUGUUUAGUAUUACGGCAGGAAACGACACUGCAUUUUCAAUUAACAGCGGUACUGGUGUCAUUAUACUCAAGUCCAAUUUAGAUCGCGAGUCGAUUGCGAGCUAUAAACUGACUGUUACAGCCGCUGAUCGUGGUACGCCGUCUCGGUCCUCUAGUCGUGAGGUCACUAUUACAGUGACUGAUGUUAACGAUAAUUAUCCAGUAUUUACCGCUGACCCGUAUCAUGGCAAGAUCGCAGAAGACGCUUCGGUUGGUUCGUCUGUUGUGCAGGUGAAAGCAGAAGACGCAGACGAAGGAGAAAACGGUAAAAUCAAGUACAGUCUUACUGGAGGGACCGAUAAAGAUCACUUUUCUAUCGAUCAAGACUCUGGUCUUAUCAAAACAGCGAUUCAACUGGACUACGAAAGCAAAAAAUCGUAUUUACUGGUGGUUACAGCCAGUGACGGUGGUGUUCCAGCAAAAACCAAGACGACACGGGUGAAUAUAACAGUUGAGAAUACGAACGACAACGCACCGACAUUUGAGUCAGGUUCGCCUACCAUCCGUAUCAGCGAAGCCGUCGCCAUAGGAACGAAUGUCGUGAAGUUUAACGCUACUGACAAGGACGGCAGCCCUUUGGCAUUUCUUAUAACUGCUGGCAAUGUUGGAGAAACGUUUACCAUUGAUAAAAACACAGGUGUUUUAACGACAAAUAAGAGCUUGGAUCGGGAGACAACACCGAGGUACAAUUUAACUGUCACUGUAACGGAUACGGCAAACGGCGGUGGCGGUGGUCAGAGUUCAUCAAAGAAUCUCAGUGUCAUUGUAACAGAUGUGAAUGAUAAUUCACCUCUUUUCUAUCCUGAUUCGUAUUCCGUGAAUAUAACUGAGAAUACUAAAGCAGGUCCUAUAGUGACCGUCACUGCAACUGACAUCGAUGAAGGUGACAACGCCAAGAUUACUUACACCAUUGAUCCAAUUUCUGCGGAUAAAUUUGUCAUCGACCCUUCAUCUGGAGAGAUCUCUACGAAGACACCGCUGAACUACGAAGAGAGCCCACGUCACGAAAUCACUGUUACCGCAAAGGACUCCGGGACGCCUUCGUUGUUUUCCACAGCAAAGGUUGUUGUGAUCGUUAAAGAUGUGAAUGACAACAACCCUGAUUUCCCGGGUGAUUAUUCCACAUCACUAACGGAAAACACAGGAGAAGGAACUGUUAUACGGGUCGAGGCCAUUGACCCUGACCAAGGGGUAAAUGGAGAGAUUGAAUACAGAAUUACCGCUGGAGGGAUUAUAAUGAGGGGUAAGUGUUGCUAUUUUGCAUCAUCAAUGUUCUUUACAAUCGGAAUUUCUGAUGGGAUCAUAAAAGUGGCCAAGCCCGUAGAUAGAGAAAAAAAUCCAUCAUUCAUCCUCACCGUCACUGCAAGUAACAAAGUUCCCGCAGAUUCCUCAGCAUCGCCGACCAAGACCACAGCUACUGUUACAAUAGCAAUUGAUGACGUCAAUGACAACGCACCAAACAUAACCAACACUGACACGUCAGUCAAUGUUAACGAAAAUUCUCCGAACGAUACUCAGGUUAUUGAUGUAGAUGCUGUUGAUGACGACCAUGGAGUCAACAGUGAGAUUGAGUUCAAAAUUGUGGAUGGUAAUAUAAAUGAUGUUUUUGCAAUCAAUAAAACAAGUGGUUUGAUCACAGUCCAGGGAGAUAUUGAUCACGAAACUCGCGCGUCAUACACGCUCGUGGUUCGUGCGUUUGAUAAAGGGAGCCCAAGUCUUUUUUCAGAGAAAGAAUUCUUGGUGAACGUUACGGAUUUGGACGAUAACCCUCCUGUGUUCACAGCAGAACCUUACGAAGGUUCUGUGAGCGAGGCUGCCAACGUCUCCACAUUCGUAAUUCAAGUCAAAGCAACUGAUGCAGAUUCUGGCGCGAACGGGAAAAUCAAGUUUUCUAUCGUGUCCGGGAACACGAACAAUCUAUUCAGAAUCGACGCAGAAUCUGGAGAUAUUCUCACAAACGCCCCCUUGGACUUUGAAACGGUCCCUUCUCAUACUUUGAAAGUCAGAGCCGAGGACAAAAGUCAUUUCAUUGAAACGAAUGUGGUAAUACGUGUUGUUAAUGUAAACGAUAAUGACCCAGCAUUCAACCCGUCUUCUUAUGACGAGAGUAUUCCAGAAAAUGCAGGAUUAAACCACCAGGUGGUCACGUUAUAUGCCACGGACAAAGACGCGUUUGGUGGAUUGACCUACACCAUUAUCGAUGGCAAUGCAGAAAGUAGAUUUACUCUUGAACCUUCAAGCGGAAAACUCCGAGUGGCUGGCGACUUAGAUCGAGAAACUACAGCUCUCUACAACUUAACCGUUCAAGUGACCGACGGUGGUGCGCCGAUGCGUUCCGAUACCACUUUCGUAGUGAUUAGGAUCACGGACAUCAACGACAACCCACCGAGAUUUAACCCAACACACGAACAUGUAUCCGUACAGGAGAAUUCUCCGGUUGGAUUGACCGUAAUCAAAAUAUUUGCUGAAGAUAAAGACAUUGGUGUAAACGGCGAGGUUCACUAUAACGUUACCGAAAGAAAUGAUGGUCUACUUUUCAAGUUGAAUGCAAGUUCAGGUGUUCUCAGUGUGAACGGAAAUAUUGACCGAGAAACAACGACUAGCUUCAGGCUUAAAAUUAUCGCCCAAGACAAGGGCGCGAACUCCAUGAAAUCAACUCCACUUAUCGUUGACAUUAAUGUUUUGGAUGAGAACGACAACAGUCCUAAAUUUACAAAAGAAAGUUACGCACGAUCUAUUUCUGAGACAAGUUCUAUUGGAUCGUUUGUUGAGGAAGUGGAAGCUACUGAUGCAGAUAUUGGUGCGAACGCUGACGUCGUUUACGUGCUGUUGAAUGGAACAGAAUUUUUCAAAAUCACUAACGAAACUGGUGUGAUAACGACCACCACUUCUCUAGACCGAGAGACCAUUCCUUAUUUCAUAAUCAACAUCAUGGCCAUAGAUGGUGGCAACACCUCACGUAAUUCUACCACAACUCUUACUGUAACCGUGUUGGAUGCCAACGACAACCCCCCGAAAUUCGACCCCGCUUCACUAUUAGGAAACGUUACUGAGGAGCGACCAAGGGGCGAGUUUGUUACCAAAUUGGUGGCAACAGAUCCAGAUAGUGGCAUAAAUUCAGAAAUCGAGUAUAAGCUCGAAUCCAAUGCUCGGCAGUUCCUUAAUAUCGAUCCCCAGACAGGAAUUAUUAAAACAAAUCAGCCGUUUGACUUUGAAGUUCAGAGAAAUUACUCAUUUAAAGUAACCGCCUCUGAUAAGGGAAAUCCGUCGCUCUCUACGACUGCUUUGCUAGUCAUCAAUAUUGUGGACAUAGAUGAUAACUGUCCUGUGUUCAAUCCUAAAGAAUACAACGUAACUAUUGACGAGAACCGACCUCUGAAUCUGACCAUUGUUACUGUGCAUGCAACAGACGUCGACACUGUGGGUGAAACGAAACUAGAGUAUCGAAUAAGAAAGGGAAACCUUGAGAGUACCUUUACAUUAGGGCGCUUUUCAGGCGAGAUGAAAUCUAGAAUAUUUGUGGACCGUGAACUUUCUCGUGAAUUCAACAUGGUCGUGAGUGCCGGUCGUCUGACCUGUGGCGUGAAUUUUACGGAAGACUUAGACGAAAAUAUUCAGGAAACAUUGACGAAGUCCAUCGCAAGAGUUAACGUGUUUGUUAAGGACCAAAACGACAAUGCGCCGGUGUUUCUGAAUAAAGGAUACAAACAUGAACUAAGAAAUAUCUACGCUGAAAGCUUGUUUAUGUUGAACGCAACUGAUCCUGACGAAGGAGACAAUUCCAAGUUUGAAUUUGCAUUGGCAGGAGUAACUAGGAAUGGUUUCAGACGGACGUUGAACGUUACAGCAACGGAUAAGGGAGUGCCCCAGCUCACUUCAAAGGCCACAGUCGAAGUGAUAGGGAAGGACUGCGAGGCUAUGUCAUUUUCCGUUUCAUCGCGUGGUAAUGUAAAAGCCAAAACUUUAUGUAGUAUUGAACGAACAAUGAAAGGCGAAGAUACGGUUGGAAAGAGUAUUACGCUGAACUGCAAUGCUAAAGGCAAUACCAAGGCAGAAUAUCGAUGGACAAAAUCUGGUGUCCAUGUUACAGAUUGGCAAAACACAGGUGUGUUCAAGAUAAAUUCACUACGGAAAGAUGAUGCUGGUGAUUAUUUCUGCGUUGCAUCAAGCGAGGCGGGAAAUAUCGUAUCUGAGACAAUCAAGAUUUACGCAAGAGAACCUGCAAAAAUCAGAGUUGCACCGAAAGAUGUCUGGGUAGAGGAAGGAAGACGAGCCAUUAUAAGUUGUCGCGCGACUGGCGACGCGCCAAUUUUCUACUCUUGGUUUAAAAAUGGUAGAAAAUUGCACACGAGUAAAGAAGUAAAUUAUGAUAAACCAGAUAUUGUUUUCGAAAGCGUAUUUCUAACUGACGAAGGGGAAUAUGCUUGUAUGGUUAAGAAUGAUUACGGAUUUGAGAAAUCUCCUCCGGCGAAAUUACAUGUUUAUGCUGAAUCGUCAAUUGUCGAAAUGGAUAUCGAUGUCAACAAUCCUCAAAAAGAAGAAAACUGUCAAAUUUUCAACUUGCCAGACGUUGUGAAAACUCUAAAUAGCCUGAUCAGUGGUGGUUCAGCUACAGUUGUUGAAUUCAAACAACCAAAAGAAAUGUGUAAUAUAACAGCAUGUUCCUCGAACCCUUGCAAGAACCAGGGAAGCUGCCGUGUAAACGGCAACGGCUUCAUUUGUCAAUGUCCUAGAGGAUGGACUGGCAAGCGUUGUGAAAUUGAUUCGAAUGAAUGCGAGUCUUGCAAUAAGACUGCUUGUGUUAAAUCUAAAGAAAUUUGUCAAAAUAAUGGAAUAUGCACGAAUCAACAAGGAAGUUUCUCCUGUGCUUGUCCGAAACCUGGUGUUCACGGUAAACUCUGUCAGUUAAGUGACACGGUGUGUGAUUCUGACCCAUGUAAAUUAGGGGAGAAAUGUUACCCUAAGGAAAACAAACAGGGUUAUGAGUGUCUAGCCAGCGUUCAAACUGUGUCUAUGAUAUAUCAUCUUGAUACCAAUCAGAAACCGUUCAAUGAUUGGAUGAUCUAUGAUGUUGCCCAAAGUGUCCAGAAUGGUAUUGUCAAUGGGCUAUCACAAGGGGUCCUAGGGAGACGAAAGCGCCGAGACAACAGCGAGAAGGACCGUAUAGACUACGGCGCAUGCUCAGUUCGUAUUAAAGAUGGUUACAAAGUUAAUGAGGAAACAUUGGAGAUGGAAAUAAUGCUGGUUUGCAAGAAUUACCCCAAGAAGACAGCUAUAUGCAACGCCUUGUUGGAUGAGGGAAAGGUUCAAUCCUGCACGGGUGACGAUGGUAAAGUCCUAACGGAGCCGGAGACAACACAAGCACCUUCACUUUCAAAACUUAGUCUAAAAGUGGUAUUUAUCGUUCGCAAUGAAAAUGAUAAAGAUAUUCAGGCAACUGAAGCAAUCGACGCUCUUAAAACACAGAAGAUUGAAAAAAUGCUUCAAAAGAAUGGGAUGACUGUCACAGAUAUACGAGCGCGAUUGACUCCAACGAAUGACAAGCAAGAAUCGGAUGGUUUAUCUGCUGCGGCGAUUGCUGGUAUUGUUAUUGCUGUUCUUCUUAUUAUCGUGGUUGCAGCUUCCAUUAUCUUUGUUCUCUUACGUGCAAGGAGAGAUAAGGAUAGACAAAUUAGUAUCGGUGGCCGAGCUAUUCUUUCUCCAAAUUCCAAGAAACACAAACGAUUUGAUCGCGAUAUUUCUAUGAAGGAGCUCAAUGCUUCUGAAGUUCGCGGGAUGAACAACAAAACGUUUAUGAGUCUUGAAGAAGGGCAUCAAGAUUCAGAUGACGGCGCACGUGACUCGAAUGACGACGCACAAGAUUCAGAUGGCGAAGAUGGUUCCUUCAUGUUUAAGACCCCUAAGGCAAUGUCAAAGACCAAUUUAGAUCAACAAGAUUUUAUGAACGAGCUUGAGACAGCCCCAUGGUUCCAUGGUUCGAUCUCACGGAGCAAAGCAGAGGAUAUCUUGGGUACCCAGGAUUCUGAUGGAUCCUACUUAGUUCGUGCAGGGAUUGAUAAGGGCGAGUUCUAUAUUAGUGUGAGACUCUCGGAAGAUAGUAUGAAUCAUAUUGCUGUGAACCGUCGUGAUGAUAGCUUCGUUGCCGUUUGUGGACCCGAUGCCGAGGCGAUGAAAUUCACAACAUUCCAUGAACUGCUUGAAUAUUUAAAAUCAACCCCGACACGUCUCGAAGGCAGCGAUGACGAACUGUUACUUAAAGAAUAUAUAAAGAAAGGAGAUUAAAUCGAUAUUCUUCAAUAUCCCUAGCAAAUAGAGUAUUUCAAGCCUUCGUCAGUAACGCAUUACUGAUCAAAUAGAAAGUGCCUAUUACAUGCUGUAAAAUGCUGCAAUAAAGUGCUUGAAAACCAGCUGUUUAACAGCACUGAUGGUUAGGACAAACGCAAGUAUUUUUUUAUAUUGUGUAUUACUUUCGAAACUUCACCAACAAGAAGUGAAGAUGAACUUUCUGAGGUCAAUGCAUGGUAAUAUACAAUUAUACUUGUGCUUGUCCGACUUUGCCAGCCGUGGAGAGAGGUUCAUUGCAUGAACCUACCCAACGGCAGGAGUCCAAUGGGCACUUUCUGACACGAUAUCCUCGUGUGCUGGUACCCUGCUUUCAGCGGGAAAUACCAUUGAGAUGCACUCUCUAGUUUUCAUCCAAACAAUUGAUCAAAACUAUCGCCAUUCGAUGCCGAUGGGGUAUUGGAUAAAAAUUUAGAAAUACUAAUUAUGAAAAACUAUUUAAAUAAGAUAUUUUAAUUGCACCUUUAACGCACCUGUAAUAACUUUAAAUAAAACUGUUUAAAUGCACCAAUAUAAAAUAUCCUAAUUAUAAACGCACCUAAUUAUAAAUCCACCAACUAAUUGCACCAUACACGAUACCGCACUGAGAAUUGCACCUUUGCACUGUAAAAAUACCUACAAAAUGUUUACUCACAAAAUGUGAAAUACAUACACUAGAUCUAUUUAAUAAAUUGUUUUGCACAAAUCAUCUGAUAUUCACUCACUUGAGAACAAAACCAAGAUAAUUUCACAGUUGGUGAGUAUGAUGUUUUUUAUUUCGUCCGAUUUUGAGAGCACUCAAGAGCAGUCAUGAUUUGUGAAAAGUGAAGUAUAAAUUUUGUACAUACCAGUUUUUGCACGAUCUUUGCCCGGUUCGCUCAACAAAUUUUUGAUGAUAAGUUUGAUACAGACUAACAAACAAAAAGAAAGGACGAUGAAGCACCUAUAGAUAGAAGAUUCAGAUAUAUAGAGGAGAAAUUCAGUUUAAUUUAUUUUUCCUUCGUUUGCAAACGACUUUUUCAGGGCAUUAAGUGAUUUUUUAAGUGUUUGAGUGGAAGCAGCUAUCAGUUGAUCUAUUGACUAUGGUUUUUUUUCUUUUUCUUCUGCGAAAGAAAUGAAACUCUUAAACCUUUUGCAUUUUUUGUUUU